CGACAGCAGAGGCGUGAGCGUGACACGCGCUGGGGAUGUGACGUCGAUCAGAGUGACGUCAGGCGGGGGCGCCUGAUUGCUCCACGGCGGUGGCAGGACUAGUGGGAGGUGUUUGGGCCGUGUUUGCUCUCUCCCAGUCUCCACCACAUCUCUCCUCUCCCCGUCAUCGUCAUGGCCGGCGACCACAAGGUGCGUCCGUCGUCUCCCGCGUCGUCCUCGUCGUCCGCCGCGUCGUGCUCACCGCCGCCCACAGUGUCCAGUCUGCCAGUCCACCUUCACCCGGCCCCAGCAUGUUGCGAGACAUAUGCGUUCGCGUAAGUCUCCGCUCCACCCACCCACUCCCACUCUCCCUCGUCCCACCGGCGCGCCGCCAUGGAGUCCGACCCGACGGCACCCAGUUCCAAACCAGAUCCCUCCUGGCGGCCGCGGCCUCAUCCCUGGCACGUCCCGUCUCCCCGAGGACUUUGUGCUCGCCCCCCGCAGUCGUCAUUCAAUUUCCCUUCCAUGUACUCGGCAACCGGCGGCGAGUAUGCGCUCCCGCCGACGUCGUCUCUGUAUCCCGCCGGCUAUGCCAAUGCGGCAGACGCUUCCGCCAAUCCAGGGCUGACGCUCCCCGCCGGCGCGUCACCGGAGCUAGUUGCCCGUUACCGUGCCCAGGCUGAGCUUCUCUCACGUGCCGGCGUGCUUCCUCAUCAAUCUGCCCUCUCCUUGAAUGGCGGGCACCCCGCUGCGAACACUGACGGCGGCGUGUUGCCCUCGCACACCCUAUACAAUGAUCCUCAGGCACAACAGGCACGAUACAACGGUUAUUCCGUCCCCAUGCCCGCGGCGUCCGACUGGGCGCAGGACACGCAGCCACAGCAUUCCUUUCAUGCCCUCGACGGACAUCGAAAGGAUUAUGGGUCCAACUACGCGGGAGGGCGGGAGUCCUUUCCUGCGCGAGACAACAACAUAUCCUCAGGAGCAGGCGAACCGUCGCUUCAGACCCAUCCUCCCGCGUACGGAUCAGCGUUUCCGUCCCUAUCCUCCGGCUCAGGAAAUGCGAACGGCUACCACGGUGCCAACGUCUAUCACCCACGAUCCGAGAACUUGAGCGAGGAUUUCAAUAGCGAUGGCGGGAGCACGCAUCACUCACAUUCGUUGCCAGGCAGUGCGCAGUCUAGCAAUGUCCAUCUGCCUUUGCCUGAUCAAUCACAGGCACGCCAGUCAUACAUCCUGCCCGGCUUCACGCAUCUUGACUCGGCGAAUCACGACGAUCGGGAUGACGGCAGCUCGAACGACCCCGACUCGCAUCACAAUUCGAGCAAACAAAACGGACAUGUGUAUGAACACGAGGGCCAGGGUGAGGGAGGCUUCUCGUCUGCCUUUGGGCUCAUGUCGCUUGAUGAUCCAAAUGUUCUCGCGGGGCUCGCUUCAGAUUCCGCACCGUUCUUCUCGAAUCUUACCCCCGGAGCAUCCGGACUCAACCUCCAAACACCAACGCAGGACAUGAUCGCGGCGCUCAAAACGGGCCGGAGUGACGGCGACAGCAAGGAGAUGCGCGACUUUUGGAAGAUGUACCUCAGGACGCCGCUAAGCGGUCCAGGCUCGAGCAAUGGAAUGCCUCUCGCGACGCCCACGGGCCCGGGUCAGAUCCUGGGCGCAGGCAGACCGUCACCCACCCGCAGGCACUCACGUGUCACGAGCCUUCCGAGCAUCAAGACGCCCACGACGCUCCCGGACUGGAGCUCGAACAUGUUCCCUGCAUCGGGUCGUGACAUGUCGCGGGCCCAGCGGGGACAUGAGGAUGGCCGAGGCGGUCAGCAGCGCAACGAGGGGAACCCGGGUGUGUUCUCGAGCAUGCGGACGACCCUGCACGAUGCGGAUGACUUGAGGAGCUACGAGCAGGCCGUCCUCGCGCGCAAGGCACCGAUGAACCUGAACUUGGUGCCGAAACGACGAGGGACGAUGCCCGCCGGGACUGCGCCGCCCAACGGGCUGCAGCCUCAGCACUCGCAGGAGGGCUCGGAUAGCAGCAAGGCGACCAGUUUAAGCCCGAACAUACCGCACCUCCCGCAGCUUCCGCCGUCUAACAAGAUACCGGACUUGCUCAACCGCCCUUCGUCGUCGACAUCCACGAAUUCGUCGCUCGCAUACGCGUUUGGAGCUAAGGAAGGCCAGAUGCCACCACCACCACACGGCUCGCGACCGUCGUCGCAGAGCGGGCCGCUGCUGCAGCCACAGGCGAUGCGUCCGCCGUCGGGCGGAUCGACGUCGACCACCGCGGUGGGCAGCGACGCUGGCACGGAUUCUGACUCAUCCUAUCGUCCGUCGUUCAAGCGGCUCGCGUCGCAGACCCUUGGCCCUGAGAACACGAAGCGUGCGCUGCUCGGGCCUGCGGGCUGGGAUGACGAUGGCGUGGACGAUGAGGAUGACGAAGAUGGCGAUUUCGGGCAGCGCAGCUUGAGCGUGGGCGCGGACGAGGGGGCAGGGGCACCACACACAAACAACGUGCCCGCGCAGGACCUGCCCCCGCUAGGGCGCAUGGAGCAGUCCGCUGCCCCGAGCUGAAAUGUGUGCGUAUACCCUUGGCUGCGUAUCGGCAGGGAAGGGCAGCAGGCCCUCCCGCCGCGUCCCAAGGACAUGCUGAUCGGACGCGGCUUGUUCUCUAUUGUACAUUUUCUCAUCCUAAUGACGGCUC